GCGAGGUUACAGAUGACAUGUUGCUAUAAACUGAGCAUGUAGUGAAUGUAUACUAAUGCACUGUUUUGACAGCUACCUCGGUAUUCGCAGACAAACGUAACCAAAGAUGGCACCCGUGGAUCUUGUGAAAAUAAGUUCAAAUGCACUGAAAAACGCUGCGUCAGGGGAGAGUGUGGAACUGCAGUCGUUGUGGCGAGAGCAGGCUGUCGUGCUGUUCUUUCUGCGGCGGUUUGGCUGUCAGAUCUGCAGGUGGACCGCUUCAGAGGUCAGCAAGCUGGAGCCAAGCUUGAAGGCCAACGGAGUGGCCCUGGUAGGUGUAGGGCCCGAGGAGAUUGGGGUUGAAGAGUUCCAGGCGGGAGGCUUCUUCAAGGGAGAUGUGUACAUAGACCCGAAGAAAAAAAGCUACAAGGACCUUGGUUUCAAAAGAUACAACGCCCUUAGUGUGGUUCCAGCUGCCAUGGGAAAGAAAGUGCGAGAAGUCUCCUCAAAGGCAAGUGCUGACGGUAUCCAGGGGAACUUCACAGGAGAUCUCCUGCAGAGUGGUGGCAUGCUUAUUGUGGCAAAAGGUGGCGAAAAGGUGCUUCUGCACUUCAUCCAGGACUCCCCGGGAGACCACGUCCCUCUGGAGGAUAUAGCCAAAGCCCUGGGCAUCUCAGCCAGUGUGGAAGCCGGACAGAGGCCGCAGUGUAACGAUGAUGUUUGUACUAGGUAGAGGACUUGAACUGCCCGGGAGAGAUGAGGACCACCAGCAGAGAGCAGAGAUAUGGGACUCGUAUAUUUUUUGUCUUUUUCUAAACUGUCGACUGUCAUUAAGAAUUUACAAAAAGAUUGUUAUUACAGAGACAAUUAGAUGUUUUAAGGGAGGGAGGGUAUUUCAUGUAAGUGCCUUUUUCCAUCAGAAGGAUUUAUUGAGUAAAGCCUAUUGGAAUGAGCAUUAACGGCAGUGUAUUUUCCUAUGUAGAAACAUACAUAAUGAAUUUCCACUGCCAAUCAUGUUCAAUACACAUUUCCGAGGAGGCCGUGUGGACCAAAGGAAGACUUUUUUAAACAUGAGAUUAUUAUUUUUUUUUUACGUUUUAUUACUUUUACCAAUGAUUAUAUGUUGUUUGUGAUGAAAUAUGAUUCCAUAACUUAAUUAAAUGUUGUCUUUGUAACUAUUUGUGUGUAAUUAAAUUAAGCUUUUAAAAGUUUUA